GGGGGGAGGGCGGGCGGCCGCCCCGCAUGGCCGGGGACUAUGAGCGCCGGUGAGCCGCAGCAGCAGGCGCAGCGCAGAGCCGCGGCGGCGCCGGUGCCGCCGCAGCCGCGCAGCGCGCAGGAGGCCCCCGACAUGGCGGUGUACUGCGGCGACAACUUCGGCGUCUACCCCCAGCCCAGCCUCCACCCGCCGGGCGGCGCCGCCGCGGGGCAGCGCGCGGGCGGCUACGCGCUGGGCGACUACGGCGCCGCCAACGGCGGCUACCUGUGGGGCGUGGGCGGCCCCCCGCCCUACCUGCAGGGCCCCCCCGCCGCCGCCGCCGCCGCCGCUGCCGCCGCGGCGCCGUUCCUGCCGGCCUCGUACGGCUGCGCGCGCGGCGGGCAGCUGGUGGCGACGCCGCCGGCGCCGGGGUCGCCGCCGGCGGGCGGCGCGGAGCUGGGCUGGCUGAGCCUGGCGAGCCAGGAGGAGCUGCUGAAGCUGGUGCGGCCGCCCUACUCGUACUCGGCGCUCAUCGCCAUGGCCAUCCAGAGCGCCCCCGAGCGGAAGCUCACGCUCAGCCACAUCUACCAGUACGUGGCCGAGAACUUCCCCUUCUACAAGCGCAGCAAGGCCGGCUGGCAGAACAGCAUCCGCCACAACCUCAGCCUCAACGACUGCUUCCGCAAGGUGCCCCGCGACGAGGACGACCCCGGGAAGGGAAACUACUGGACCUUAGACCCCAACUGUGAGAAGAUGUUCGACAACGGGAACUUCCGGCGCAAGCGCAAGCGGCGCUCAGAGCCCAACGCACCCGCUUCUGCAUCCGUAGCCUCCUCUCUCGGGGGCCUGAAGGCCGAGGAAGAGCGGCCCAUCCCGGCCGCAGGCAAACCCUGUGGGACCAGCCCAGCGCCAGAGCUGGACCCAUCGCCUGCUGCCAGGGACCAUCAGAAAACCUCCUCUCCCUCCAGUAUCAUUUCAUCCACCCCUAGCUGCCUCAGCACCUUCUUCAGCGGCAUGAGCUCCCUGAGCAGUGGAGGCACUCGGCUGGCAGGGGGGCUCGGCAGCGACCUGCAUCACAGGAACUUCUCUGCUGGCCAGCUGAGCAGCGGCACGUUCACCCCUUCCAGCAGCUCUUCUCAGGAGGUGCCUUCGCCAGACCAGCUGCAGCGGGUUGCGGGACCUUCCCCUGCCUACUACAGCUCCUUCCAUCCCAGCAGCAGCAGCCAGGGAGCCCAGUACAACCACUACUACAACUUCACGGUUAACAGCCUCAUCUACACCCGGGAUGGGACGGAGGUGUAGGAUGCUGGGGCAGCUGGCCAGCGAGUGCUGCCGAGGGAAUGGGAGAUGCAGGUGUAUUUGGCAGCACGGAGGACCAUGUGCUUUUGCAAACAGCAUUUCAAUGUGGACACUUCCCAGGAGUUUUUCCAGGAAGACAGAUCUUCUCGCCUUUUAAAAUGAAAAUGCCCCAUAAACACCAGCAGAAGACAGAUGCAAAGUCCUUUCGCCAUCCUGGAAAAUUUUAGAUGGUUUGCCAUCUAAAUUCUGCAGAUGAAAAUGAACUGAAUUAAUGAUGUCAGAGGUUCCUAAUCCUGAAUGUAGAAUAAGAAGUUUAAAAAAUAUAACCAUAAAGUGGCAUCAGCAAAAAGCAAGUGUAGACACCCAGUGAGUCUUAGAAGAGAACAGGAAAAAAAAAAAUGAAGAGAUUUCUUAUGAAGUGCCUUGUACAAUAUAUUAAAAAAAAAUUCUUCUGCCAGCAAUUGCCUCUGUAAGUCCUUGCUUUCUGCCCUGCUCUUGCAGUACGCAACGCAUGGGUAGAGGCUCUGGGUAAAUACCCAUCCCAAACCUCCUUGAAGCCCACGGAGGGUUACUGUGGUCUUCCUGUGUAUGGUAUAUUGUGCAACCAGGGCCAUGUUUUGUAAAACAAUCUUUUUUUCCCCUGAGCUUAGUACCAAAGAUAACACUCUAGCCAUGCAGCUUUAGCAAGAGAAUAAACACCGGGGUAUUUUUAUACAUAUUUGUAUGUAAUGUAACUCUUCUGUAAAUAUGUUUCUAUGUGGUUUUAUAUUUGUAAAUUAUGCUCUGGAGCUGUACUUAUUUAUAAUGUGUUUAAACUUUGGUAAAGUUUAUUUUACUUUGUUUCCCCUUCUUUUUUGUUGUUUUUGUUUAUUUGUUUCUGUUUGUUAGUGUAGUAAUGAAACUCUUCAGGCUGAACAGCAACUGUUGGGAAUAAAACGUUAACAAUUGUUA